CAUCCUCCUCCUCUCUCACCUUCGAAGUUCACCAAACGGUCCCCUUUUCUCGUUGAAAGCAUUCCUUCACUCCUAUCAUGUCUGCUUUCUCUGCCAACAUCUUAGGACCCAUCAGCUCCAGAAAGUCCUCUCUGCCACCACCUAGAGGGAGUAUUUGGUUGACAGGGGGAGAGAGGGAUUAGUAGAGAUGGGUGAAGGAGGAGAAUGAGUCAAACAUUUAUGGUGGUACAAAGUGUCACAAACCAAACCCGUUUUGGAGGAACCCAUUUAAUAAUCUACAGUUUCUAGAUAUCUGUUUACAGUCAAUGUUGGCAGAGAACUCACAAGUAAAGCUCAACUAGUCGGUUAAGAGGAAGGGGCACCGGGUGGGCUUCUCACAGAUUGAUAUGGGACUAGACCAGUCCUCUUCAGGAUUGUGAGACCUCCUCUCUGAGUUAUAAUGAGUUAUCAGCAGGGGGCUGAGGGUGGAGCCAUCCCUAAAGAAAGACAGAAGGAUGGGUCACCAAACAAGGAUCUUGAUGAUACCAUGGACCCUGAUAUGAGUGUCCAUGUGCAUAAAACAGACUUUUCUACACCCAGCUGUGAGUCCACUAGAACACUGGAGACUGACGGAGAACUAAGAAACAAUUUGAAGCAUCUCCAGCUACGUACAGCUAGUCAUAUGUCUAUGAGUGACCAGAGUGACCAGUCAGUGAAUUCAAGCAGAGACCCAAGUGAUUAUGGAGACCAAAUCAUGGAUGAAAGGGUCCAUCUGCAGAGACCAGUGUCACCAGCCCCCAGUUAUAUAUCCAUGAAAAGUGACCAAUCUAUGAUUAUCCCUUUUGGAUUCAAAGAGGGAAACUUAACUCAAAAAGAGGAUGUCCUUCUGGAGAGAGCAGAGUCACCGACUCUGAGUUAUGCAUCAGCAAACAGUCACCAGUCAAUGGAUACGGAUGAGGAAGACGAGGAGGAGAACUCGGCUCCAAAAGAGAAGCCAGGACAGGUGGUCUGUGAUAUCUGUGAUGAGGUCAAAGCUGUGAAGUCCUGUCUAACCUGCACGCAGUCCUACUGUGAAACCCACGUUAGGAAGCACUACACACUACCUAAACUACAGAGACACACCCUGGUGGAGGUAACUGGAAGCCUGGAGGAGAGACUCUGCCAGGAACACAACAGAGCUCUGGAGGUGUUCUGCAGGACAGACCAGAAGCUGAUCUGCUUCGAAUGUUCAGUGACAAAGCACAAAGGUCAUGACAUGAUCAUUGAAGAGAUAAAACAAGCUGGAAGACAGACUUUUGAUAGAGAUCAAUGUCAAAGACUAAAGCUGACCUCAGUUGACGAAGUGCUGCCUCCUCCUGGUGAGAUCCAGUUCCUGUCAGUGACGUCAGACUCUGUGUCUCUGAGCUGGGGUUCUCCUGAGGGACUGACAGGAGCACAGAAGUUCAGAGUGACCUGGGGAUGUGACGGGGAACAGGGGAGCCUGAGGGUGGAAGAUGGGUAUAAUGUUGAAAUAGAUGGACUCCAGCCUGGUAAAAAGUUCCAGUUCAGUGUGGCUACAGAGGGAGAAGAUGGCACCCGAAGCAGACAGGUCUCAGCAUCUGUAUUUACUGUGGUCCCAGCACCCAGGGACUUACAAAUAAACCAGUCAGGAGCGACAUCCUUCACUGUCAGUUGGUCCAAGGCUGAAGAAUUGGAGAAAGUCCCACAACGCUUUGUCAUAUCCUACUGCAUUCCGGGAACAGAGCCCUGUGCAGCCAAUACUGAGGACUCCUACAGAACUCUCUCUGGCCUGCUACCUGGUACUCAGUACACCAUCAGUGUCUCAACUGUGUUGAACAAUGGAGAACAGAGCAAACCUCUCUCUACAACCAUCUGUACAAACCCUUCUCCUCCAAGCAAUCUUGUUAUAUGCUCCUAUAGUGCGACCUCUGCCAAACUGAUCUGGGAUCAUCCUGAUGGCAUGGAGGACAUCCAGCACCACUUCAGGGUGACAUGGUGUGACAAUGCCAGUCCAAGUGAGUCCUUCACUACCAAAGUAAACUGUGGAAAUGUCACUGGUUUGACGCCAGGGACGGAGUACACCAUCACAGUCUGCACCAUUGACGAGAUAAAUAUGGAGAGUGACCCAGUCUGUACUAACCUACAUACAAAGCUCACUCUGAAACGUUUCAUGCAGAAGUUGGGACUGACACAGCAUUUUGAGGAGAAACUGUCGUUGAAUGAGGUGAUUUCAAUCGAUAGUCUAACUCCUCAAUCUCUACCGUGGUGUUUUCUGAAAGAACUGAUGAGGAUGAACGUCUCAGCAAGAGAUGUAAAGAACAUCACCACUGAUAAGGAGGAUCAUAUGAAGGUAAACCCUCUAGACCUUAUCACAGCCCUGUUUCUGUGCUCAGAUGGUUUCCUGCAACAGGAGAUGGUCCAGAAAAUGUCCAUGUGUCAGUUUGCUGUUCCUCUCCUGCUGCCCAACUGUGACACAGAACAAAGCACUUUGAUGCUGUGGGCCCUGAGGAACAUAGUGAAGAAGUUCAGGCCAUCUUCACAAGCUGACUCAAAGUCCUUCAUAGAGGAGAGAAUUGUACUCUCUGAUAUUCCCAUGGUGUCAUUUGUUGGGCUAGGAGAGAGUACCUUGUCUAAGUCUCAGAUUUUUAACAAGUUACUUACUAAGCCUCAACAGUACAAUGAAACAUUUGUUCAUCAUAAUAUGGAAUGUGGUAAUGUCCCUCGUACAAUCUCAGAUGGUCUGGUUGAAAUCAGCUGGUACCUUCCAUGUGGGAACAGAAACAUAGACAUCUUCACUAAACCUAUGGCUGUGGCCAAUCUCAGAGGAGACAUCAAGGCCUUUGAAAAACAGUUCUCCUUUCUGUGUCAAACAUCGGCUGCAGUUUACAUUUUUUGUGAUGAUUUAGAGACAGAUUAUGCGAUUUUGGAAGACAACUCAAAAGCAGAGUUAUUUCUGGUUGUCAACUCUCAGAGAAAAACAUUCACAGUAGACGCAUUGAGAAAAUUCACCUCAGAAUUCAAUAUCAAUCCAACAAAUGUGAUUGUUAAGGAAAAUGAAAAUGAUGCAGAAUUUGUAAAAACCUUGCAGUUAUCUGUCGGUAACAUCACCGAAACAAGUCCAAACAGAUUGACAAUUGAAAACAUGGCUGACGUAGCUCGUCAGAGUGGGAUUCUGGUUGAUGAAGACAGUGAUGAGUGUCAGAGUGCCAAGAAGAUGGCAGAUGAAAUCACCAGCAACAUAAAAGACACAGUAAAAUUCAAAGACAAACAACUACCCUUACAAGGGCAAGUCUGGAAAGAGAUUUCCCAGUUAGAGAAAGAGAGAUGUAGGCUUAGAAAAGCAGGGGGUCAAGACAUUGAACACUACAAGAGCUAUCUGAAGAGAAAGGAAAAAGAACAGAGAGAAAUGCAACAAAGAUUUGGUAUGACAGAAGCAAUAACAAUCUUCAUAACUGGCAUGUCAAGUUCAAAAGUGGAGCGAUCUUACUUCCUCAAAUGGAUGCAGAUUCAUUUGGACGAUCUGACUUGGAAGAACUUGUCUGGUUUGCGGGAGCGGUACAAAGAGCUUUGCCAAAAUCAUCCAGAGAAAAAAGACGACAUUGCAGAUUUGGAUAGGAAAAUGUCUAAUUGUUCCUUGGGACUUGAACACUUUCUUCGUGAGUUGGGCCAGCUGUUUGAAGCCUCCUGCUCUCUCCCUGAAGACAGCCCUCAAAGGCAACAGAUGGAGCAUCUCCCUGGAUUGUGUGCUCAGAUGCUGUUGGAUGGUUUCCCCGUUGAGCUUGUGGAUGGAGAUGCAUCAAAUAUCCCUCUGAAAUGGAUAUCAGCUGUUCUGACUCAGCUUCAUACUCUUGUGAAAUCUGACAGCAAGAUCCGGGUUGUGACAGUUUUAGGGGUCCAAAGCACAGGGAAGUCCACUCUCCUCAACACCAUGUUUGGGGUCCAGUUUGCUGUCAGCAGUGGAAGAUGCACCAGAGGGGCCUUCAUGCUACUGAUUCAAGUCAACAAAGAACUCAAGGAGGAGCUGAAAUGUGACUUCAUCAUGGUCAUUGACACAGAGGGGUUGAAAUCACCCGAGUUGGCCCAACUAGAUGACAGUUAUGAACAUGACAAUGAACUGGCAACACUGGUGAUUGGACUCAGUGAUGUCACUAUCAUCAACAUCGCCAUGGAAAACUCCACAGAGAUGAAAGACAUCCUGCAGAUUGUUGUUCAUGCUUUUAUCAGGAUGAAGGAAGUGGGGAAGAAGCCAGUAUGUCAUUUUGUGCACCAGAAUGUGUCAGACAUGUCUGCUCAUGACAACAACAUGAGGGACAGGAAGAAGUUGUUGGAACAGUUGAAUGAAAUGACCCAGGCAGCAGCCAGAAUGGAGAAGAAGGAGAAUAUCACCAAGUUCACUGAUGUGAUGGAGUAUGAUCCAGACACAAGCAGCUGCUACAUCCCAGGACUCUGGCAUGGGACUCCCCCUAUGGCUCCAGUCAAUGCUGGCUACAGUGAGGCUGUGUAUGAUUUAAAAAAGAGCUUAAUGCAAGACUUAAUAAAAUUCCAGAAUAAUGAUGACAUGACACAUUUCCUGAAGUGGACAGAAAGCUUGUGGGAGACUGUGAAAUUUGAGAAAUUCAUUUUCAGUUUCAGAAACAGCUUGGUUGCAGAUGCAUACUCCAGAUUAUGCUCUGAAUACAGUAGUUGGGAAUGGGCCUUCCAGAAGGAGAUGUAUUCCUGGAUGGUGGGUGCUGAAACAAAAAUGUCUAACUUUGGCAUAACAGAUCCAAACCCCCAAAUUAGCAUAAGAAACAUGCUGAAGGACUUGAUGUGGGAAGCAUCAGAGAAGAUGGCAGUUGGAGAAAGGGAAAUCCAAGACAAUCUAGUGAAAUACUUUGAAAAGGAAGAUGGCCAUGUCAAUCUGGUGGUAAAAUACAAGGAGGACUUCGUGUCCAGUGCUAAAACACUGAGACGAGAGACAGAAAACACCGUGAAGAACACUCUACUGGAAGCUGUUGAAAUCAAAGAGGGAAUGAUAGAACUGAACAACAUCAAGAGUUCUCAGACAAAUACAAUGGAGAAGAAGGUGCUAGAUCUGCUGCAAACCUGUAGACAGAAAAAAACGGAUUUAUCAGAACAGGACCUCAGAGAAGAGUUUGAAAGUAUGUGGGAGGAAACUCUGUCUGAUAUCAACUUUAGUGGACUGCCAGAGAGAGAUGUGGCUCAGGAUGGCUUCCUCAUGUUAAGUGGAAAUCUAUCAAAUAGGGGCAGUCAUGUCAAUAAAAUAUUGGUUGGAAGCAGUUUGGUAGAUUGUGGGAAGACAGACUUUGUUGUGAAAUCAGUUAAUUGGUUGCGGAAUGCUGAAGGCCUUGCAAAGCACAUGGAUCAUUACCAUCACAGGAAAAAACUACAAGUCUUCUGUGAUGACAUCAUAACACGGUGUCAGGUGUUUAUAACCCAGAAGGUGAAAAGUAAAACAGGUUACCAUGACACUUACAUCAAAGAACUGCUGAACAGGAUUGAUGAAACAUUACAACAACACACGAAACGUAAAGUUAGUGAGGAGUGUGAGGUUUCUCUCAAACAACAUAUCUGUGGCAUAGCAGCCAGAGAGUUCCAGAAGAUGCAUGAUGAUUUCAUUGAAGUUAAUAACCCAAAGAAGUGUCUGGAACAGUCUAAGAGGAAGUACCUUACUGAUUUCAUAGACUUAUUUCAUAACCAAGAUCAGUGCCUAAAGAAAGCUGAGGAGUUCACAAAGCUCUUACAGCCAGCUGUUCAGGACUAUGUGUCCAAAAUGAUUGGUCCUGAUGUAGUUGAUGAAAUUAAGACCGGUGAAGGGUCAGAGGAUUACAGCACACGGAUGUCCUUCCAGUUCUCGGUUUUGAAACAGCUCCUGACUGAUAAAGAAUAUGAGAAAUAUGGAAAGUACAUAAGAAAUUAUGAAAAGUUUGUGAAGGACUGGCUGUUUGACCAGAUUGUCCAACAACUCUCAAAGGACAGCUGUCUGGAGAAAUUGGAGAUGAAACAUCUUUCAGAGAUAGUCAAGAUAAUCACUGAUGCAAUUUCUAACAUCAGAAAAACAACUAGCACUAUAAAAGAUAUAAAGACUUUCAUUCAGAACAUCUGCAGUGCCCUUGGAGAGAAGCUUGUCUUUCCAAAAGAUGCUCUGGAUUCCAUUAUGAUUCUGAACUCUGCAAACACAGAGCAGUUUGCUGACUACCUCACAGAGUUUGUGGGGGAAAUGGAGCAGACCGUGGCAUCAGAGUAUGACCAGAGGACUGACAUCAAAGAGAGGCUCAGAUCUCUGCCAUUUAAGCCUCAGGACAAUAUGUUCACCAGUCAGUUUGGCUGUGGGGAGUUAUGUCCCUUCUGCAAAGCACCCUGUGAAGCAGGAGGUAAGGAGCAUGCCAAACACUUCACCUCUAUUCACCGUCCACAGGGUGUCACGGGUAGGAGGAACUUAAAGACAAGAGUGUUAUGGACUAACAUAUGUUCCUCUGAUGUGAUUAGUGACUACACAUUCCAGACCACCCUGACAGGAGACAAAUAUCACCCCUACAAGGACUACCAGACAUAUUACCCUGACUGGACCAUAACUGGAGAUUCCAGCAUCAAGGCUUCAGACUACUGGAAGUAUGUGAUGGACACAUACAAUGAGAGAAUUGCUAAAGACACAGAUGCACUCCCUGCUGAUAUCCCAAAGGACUGGAAGGCAUUAACACAUGAUGAUGCAAUGAAGAGCUUGAAAAACAUAUUCAACAUGAAAUAAAGUGGAAAACGAUAGCAUGACUCUUCUUGACCAAAACAUAAAAUUGGCCAAUCAAAGAUUUCAGACAUGGCGACCAGAAAUAACUCACCAAGCAUGAACAUGGCAACACAGCAACACAAAGCUAGGAGCCAUUCAAUCAAGAACUUUUGUAUAAAAUAAAUAGCAAUUAGCACUUCCAAAACAAUGUGUGAUUUGAUAAACAACAAAGGGGCCCCCGCCACUAGUUUGUCUUCAACUGAUGGAGGGGGCUAUGGAAAUGACUAAUAAAACAUUACAUUUUGGUAUUCAGCUGAUGGAUGGGGCUAUGGAAAUGAAUAAUUGUCACGCUCUGACGUAGGAGAGCUGUGUUUUCUCUGUUUAGUUAGGUCAGGGUGUGAUAGGUGGGUGGGCAUUCCAUGUUUUGUGUUCUCUGUUUUGGCCGGGUAUGGUUUCCAAUCAGAGGCAGGUGUCUGUCGUUGUCUCUGAUUGGAAGCCAUACUUAGGCAGCCUGUUUUUCCCUGUGUUUUCGUGGGAUCUUGUUUUUGUGCAGCUGUGUUUGAACAGCCCCAGAACGUUACGUUUGUUUCAGUUUUCACCUGUUUCUUGUUUUGUUCGGGUUCACUAAAUAAAUAUGUGGAACUACCGGCACGCUGCGCCUUGGCUGGUUUAUGACAGGGAAUAUGAAGAUAGCGAACGUGACAAUAAUAAAACAUUACAUUUUGGUAUUCAGCUGAUGGAUGGGGCUAUGGAAAUGACUAAUAAAACAUGACAUUUUGGUAUUCAGCUGAUGGAUGGGGCUAUGGAAAUGACAAAUGAAACAUUACAUUUUGGUAUUCAGCUGAUGGAGGGUUAUGGAAAUGACUAAUAAAACAUUACAUUUUGGUAUUCAGCUGAUGAAGGGGGCUAUGGAAAUGACUACAUUUUGGGUAAUGAUUAAGACAGACAGUUCUGGUCAUGAGGCAUUUAUAUUCAAUCACUGGGUAAAUAUAAAAACUGAAAUUACCAUUGAACAGCUUCCCCGAUUUCCGACUGUAACUUUAAAGAAAGGAACUGUUGUUCAGAGGCUCCAUCUGUGACAAUAUUUGUAUAUAUUUAACUAGCAAGUCAGUUAAAGAACCCCUAAAGGAUCCUCCAUGAACCUUUUCUUUUUAGACUGCAUCGUAUAUAGUUAAGUUACUAUGCUUUAAGGGCUACUGUAGUUACAUUGCUUUAAGGGCUACUGUAGUUAUAUUGCUUUAAGGGCUACUGUAGUUGCAUGCAUGCCUUUCCAUCAUGUAACAAGUUAAUUAUGCUAUUGUUAUUUUUUUUGUCUCAGAUGUAAAGAAUGUAUUUACAUAUGAUUUCACAAAAAAAUUCUCUGCGUUAUUUUAUUGAAGAAAAAUUCAUGUAAUAUAAUUCUAUGAUUCAUCUACUUAUCAUCAUACGAACAAAUAUGUAUAACUCUUAUAAUUGAAGGACUUUUUGAAUAAAAACUGUUUUGACAUGAA